AUGUCGGCCGUUAAAUCUAGAUCUUUUUUAAACCGAUUUCCUGUUUUCUAUCAGAAAUUUUACAAAGAAUGGAGAUGGGGUCCCCAAGCUCCUGUCCAUUACGUACCCGAGGAAGGAAAAUGGAAACGAAAUCCUGAAACGGGAGAAGUGAAAGUUAUUCAAAAUAAACCAAUACCACUUACCUAUCCAAAAGAAUUUGAGGAUGGCUUGUGGGGAGGUGAAGCAUUAGUUCGUGGAUUCCAGAAAAGGAACCCCCUUCGGAGAAGGGCACCACAUUUUUGGUUUCCAUCUCUCAUCAAAUCAGUCCUUUACAGUGAAAUACUGGACAAGCACAUGGAAAUAACAGUUACUCCUAGAACACUUCGUCUUGUUGACCAACAUUAUGGCUUCGACAGUUACAUACUAGAAACACCUGCUCAAGAUUUGAAGUCUAACCUAGGGGUCAAAUUGAAGAGAUCAUUAUUACUUGCACUGGCCAAAAAAGAUUUUUUGCCAAAUAAUGCUGCUAAGAGGGGAGAGUUGUUACAAAAAUAUCAGAAGCACAUUAUACCCAUAGAGGAAGCAGAAUGGUAUGGACUUACAAUACAAGAAGCACUUGAAAAGUUGGGUGAAUCAGAACAACGAGAAGUCAAGGCACAAGCUGUAAAACAACCUUUGAAAAUAAAAUUUAGAGAAGAGUUCAUUCAACAACUGAAAGCAGAACAAGAAGAAAAAUCAACUCCUCCUACUCCCAAGUCUUCUUGGAAUCCUUUCAAAUUUAACAAAUCAGUGUAAUUGCCAGAUUUAGUAUACACAGUCUUCGUUAAUGAAA